GGCGGUCACAUGACUGCCGCGCGCGUUCCCGGCCGCUGCGGGCUCCGGCCGAGGAGAAAAGACUGCGAGGUGGCCGCGGCCGUGGCCGGAGAGCUUCUGGUUGUGCCUAAGGAACCUGAAUUUGUGAAACAGCAGGCUGAAUUAAGAGCAAUCUUUGUGGCACAGGAUGAACCAGCCUUGAAGAGAAAAUACUACAAACUGGCUAAUGGAUGUGAAAAUGAUGUUUUAUUUUUGUGACAAGCAUCUGUGAGAUCUGUAAUAGAAAUGAUGGCUGGCUGUGGUGAAAUUGAUCACUCAGUAAACAUGCUUCCUACGAACAGGAAAGCGAAUGAGUCCUGUGCUAAUACUGCACCUUCUCUAACUGUCCCUGAAUGUGCCAUUUGUCUGCAAACAUGUGUUCACCCAGUCAGUCUGCCUUGUAAGCAUGUUUUCUGCUAUCUGUGUGUAAAGGGAGCUUCAUGGCUUGGAAAGCGAUGUGCCCUCUGUCGACAAGAAAUUCCUGAGGAUUUCCUUGACAAGCCAACCUUAUUGUCACCAGAAGAACUCAAGGCAGCAAGUAGAGGAAAUGGUGAAUACGCAUGGUAUUAUGAAGGAAGAAACGGGUGGUGGCAGUAUGAUGAACGCACGAGUAGGGAGCUGGAAGAUGCUUUUUCCAAAGGUAAAAAGAGCACUGAAAUGCUAAUUGCCGGGUUUCUGUAUGUUGCUGAUCUUGAAAAUAUGGUUCAAUAUAGGCGAAAUGAACAUGGACGUCGCAGGAAGAUGAAGCGGGACAUAAUAGAUAUACCAAAGAAGGGAGUAGCCGGACUUAGGCUGGACUGUGAUGCCAACACCGUCAACCUAGCGAGAGAGAGCUCUGCCGAUGGAGCGGACAGUGUAUCGGCACUAAGUGGAGCGUCUGUUCAGCCAGCAGCGUCUUCGUCUGUGAGGCCCCUGACGUCAGUAGAUGGUCAGUUAACGAGCCCUGUGACACCAUCCCCCGAUGCAAGCACUUCUCUGGAAGACUCUUUUGCUCAUUUACAACUCAGUGGAGACAGCCUGGCUGAAAGGAGUCAUAGGGGGGAAGGAGAAGAAGAUCGUGAAUUACCAUCUUCAGGCAGGGUACCGGCACCAGACGCCUUCCUUGAAGAAACUGAAUCAGAUGCCAGCAGUGAUAGUGAGGAUGUGUCAGCGCUUGUUGCACAACACUCCUUGACCCAACAGAGACUUUUGGUUCCUAAUGCAAACCAGACAGUAUCUGAUCGAUCAGAUCGAUCAAUAACUGAUGGAUCACUAGCAGGGGGUGGAACAGUGAGUGCCAGUGUCAGAUCUAGAAGGCCUGAUGGACAGUGCACAGUAACUGAGGUUUAAAUAAAAGUCUUCAGCUCCA